UGCCUGCGGCGUCUCGGCAGCCCUCCUCUGCUUCAGAAGGCAGGGGCAUGCCUUGUGUUUGCAACGGGAAUCGGGAUACUUCUGUCUCCUUCUCCUAUAAGGAGGCUCGUUGUCCUCACGCCCUCGAGUUUUGCUCUAGGUGGGAAGGAGACCACCUUUAACUGGCCCUAAGGUUGUCGGUGGGCAUGGACCAGUACCCCUUCGGCGACGAGAACGCGGUUCAUUUGGAGAUGCAUCUCCCUGGGUUUUCCGAAAGCCAGGGGCUGGUCUGUAGCGAGGUCCUCAACCACGAUUUGUGCCUAAAUGCGAAAGACGUGAUGUACGCCGGGCUGAGCGGCUUGGACGUGGUGACUGGCCUUCCAGCCGUGGAUGCGGCCAGCCACGCUCUGGAGGCCGAUUUAAACACGCUCCCUCUGUACCCGGCGAAGGACUGCGACUCCGUUCAGCUCCUCGAUGAGCCUGACUCACGGCCCUCGCAGCACGAACCGGGGCUUCCCACGCCGACGGGACCGGAGGAGGCUGAAGGAGGCGGCGGCGGAUCUGCGGGGAGAGGAAAGCGUCCCCUCGGCUCUCCUGGGACCUCGCUGCCGGGCUGCAGCCGCUGCGGGAAGGUGUUCGGCAGUGCCAGCGCUCUCAGCAAACACUGCCUGACUCACAGCCAGAAACGGGAACACGUCUGUACCGUCUGCAGCAAGGCCUUUAAACGGCCGGACCACCUGAGCGGGCACAUGUUGACGCAUCAGAAAAUAAAACCUUUCGUGUGCCCGGAACGAGACUGCAAUAAGAGCUACUGCGAUCACCGUUCGCUGCGCCGGCAUUACGAACUGCAGCACAGCUUGUGCGGCUUGAAGGAGGCUCCUAAGGAACGUGCCAGGGAGGAAUCCCCGCUUCUUCCCGGUCCGUAUAUCCAAGGCAGCGGGAAAUUGGUGGACAGACUGACUGCGCGCUCGGAGUCAGGCUCUUUCCCACCCAAAAGAGACCUGCUGAGGUGCGUUGCGGACGGCUUUGCAGAUCAGAAGCUUCCCUUGGCUGCCUUGCCCUCCGCAGAGCACGCGGGCGCUGCCUUGACAGAUUCCUCCCCAGCAAGCCAGGCCUCUUGCCUUGCGUCUAACAGCAGUGGACUUUCGGAGGCUGCGGGUGACAAUAUGUCGAAGGAUCGCCUCUCGUGCCAAAAGAGUGCCGCUUCUUCCAACGUCUGUGCCGUAAUAAACCCCGGCAACGUCUCCGGAAUUGUGCCGGGCGAGAACGUACUUACCAAUCUGACCAGUAGGUCUUUUAUUUCAGAAGCCCAGCUCCCCUCGGAGCCCGUGGGGCUGCAGUAUUGUCCCAACAGCGCCCUGCCUUGUUUUCCUGCCUUCAGAGGGCAGAAGCUGCCUGCAAACCAGUCGAGCAGUAACUUUCAGUGGAUUAGAAACGUGCCGGUUUGUGCUAAUCCCAAAAGGAAUAGCGUCUGCCUUGCUCUCAAGCCGCCUGUCGCAGCGCAGGGUGUUUCGGAGGGGUUAGCUGGACCUUCCCGCACGUUCUCACCCACGUACGAGUGUCUGGACGCUUUGUCUUUCUCCGUUGCACCUUUUAAAGCGGAAGAGGACGCGCCGAGCGAGUCGGCCCUUGGUUGUUUCGAGGAAGCCUUUCAGUCGGCAAAAACCCACCGCUCCCACCCGUGGGAGAACGCUGGGGAGUUGAGUUUUCCAGAGGUUCGGAAGCGCGGUGCGCUGCAGAACGAGACCGGGCAGCUCUGCCCGAAACCCCAGGAGCCUGCUGCGUGCCCGGAGCCGCUGCAGAUGCAGCAGCACCUCUUCCAGGUGAUGGCCAAGUCUCAGCAGGUCCUGUCUCACGCCCAGGCGCUGGCUCCGUCCCCGCUGGCAGCUCCCGAAGCCAAGCACCUGGCGGCAAACCCCUUCCAAGCGGGAUUUUGGCAGCAGCCGCCCCCCUUGGCUCCCCAGCUCCCGCAGCCGACGGAGUAUGGAGGGCCUUCCACGUACCUCCAAAAGGCCGUCCCCCAGUUCCAGGGCGUUCCAUCAGACGGGAAGAAACAAGGACCGCAGCCAGCACCCUUGAAAGAAUACGUGGGAUUAAGAGACUCCUCUGUUCCUGGUCAGCUCCAGUACGCGGUGCCUGGAAGUGCCGUGGGAAGCCACUCUUCUGGGAGGCCGAAUCAGCUCGAAAACAAGGCUUCUGCAUUUAAAAAAGAGAAGAGUAAAGAUCGUAGCGCGGAGACAGGCGGGAAAGCGCCGGCGGGUGCUGCCCGUUCUUGGCGUCUGCCUGCCGUCCGCAGGGAGAAGCUGACGUUUGGGCUGAGCUGCGCGGCUCCCCCGAGCCAGGUGGCCAUGGCGUCCUUCUCGUCGGCUCCUGCGGCCGGGACGACGCGCAGGCUGACCAUUUUCAACAGGAUUCAAGGUGGAAAUAUCUACAGCCUCACUAACGCAGCAAAGGAAGAAAACUUGCCAGCUGGGUGCAAUAAGACCGGUGCUGCUCCUGCUGAUGGCAGCAACUGUGAAAGCGGCUUUCUCCGCAAGAGCUGCGGUCGGCUGUUUUGUACCGAGAACGGUCUGGAGAGCCACGGGUAUUUUCAUGGUGAACAAUGGCAUUCACCACAAAGGAAGGAGGGACAGCAGGUGUGCGACGCAGGAGACGUAAACGCUCAGGACCUGUCGCUCGAGGCAGCAGGAGAUGGAAGCUGUCCCUCAAAACCCGCGAUGCCUUUAGAGGACGUAACAGUGGCUCCUCUGGUGAUCCCUGUCUCGGUACCGGUGAUGGCUACGAACUCGCAAGCAGGCAACGAGGUUACUGAAAAGGAAAGCCCGGAUGGGAAGGACCUCAAGGAAAGCUUCCACCAGAAAAAGAGAAAGAGGCAAACGCGGCCAAAAUCACUUUUCAUCCCACCUCCGCCGGCCCCUGAAGCCCAGCCGGGGGUGGGAGGGUGUUACCAGAGUAACCUUCGUUCGCCCGUGUUCCUGGUGGAUCAUCUGCUGAGAGACUUGUUCCAGUGCUCUCCUUACACGCCGCCUCCGAUGCUCAGCCCCGUGCGGGAAGGAUCAGGCCUCUAUUUCAGCACUCUCUGCUCCUCCUCUGCUAGCGGUGAUCCCAACCAGCUGUUCAGUGCUGUGUUAGGCAGAAUGGACAGCGGGGACUUUGGAUUGUGCCUGAUGACGGAUAACGCCAAAAUCAGCAUUCAGCCACACAUCAACGUUGGCAGUCGGUUUCAGGCAGAGCUACCAAACCUCCGGGAUAGAUCGCAUUCGGAAAAGGAUGAACAGCCGGCGUCCUUGGUGUGGAAGCCCUGGGGAGACAUCGCCACUAACCCGGAAACACAGGACAGAGUAACAGAACUGCUCAACAUGGCCUGCUCCAGCGUCAUGCCGGGCGGAGGAACGAACCUGGAGCUAGCCUUGCAUUGCCUGCACGAAGCACGAGGCAAUGUUCUGGAGGCUCUGGAGAUGCUGCUUUUUGGGGGGCCUCAGAAAUCUGAAUCCCAUCCUCUGGCUAAUUAUCAUUACACAGGUUCAGAUACUUGGACGCCUCUCGAGAAGGAGUUGUUUAAAAAGGCUUUUUGUGUACACAAGAAGGAUUUUUACCUGAUACAGAAGAAGAUUCAGACUAAGAAUGUGUCCCAGUGUGUUGAAUAUUACUAUAUCUGGAAAAAAAAAAUUAAAUUUGGCUGCAGUCGAGCUCAAGUAAUAGGAAAAAAGGUCAAGAGAGACAAGGAUGAGGUGGAAGAGACUGAAGAAAAGGUCUGGGUUUGCAGCCCGAGGCGCCGUCUUCUGCGUAAGGAAAGCAUGAAGAUAAAGCGGAAGAGUUAUAAAAAGAUGCGCCGCGGCACAGGCAGUCCAUCCUGCGGUCUGAAUGAGUCUCCCUACCGGGCUGGAAAGGCGGACCAUCAGGGUGUAUUUCCGUGCGGAGAGUGUGAAAGGGUGUUCGACAAGAUAAAAGGGAGGAACGCUCACAUGAAACGCCAUCGCCCGCAGGAGCAGUUAGAGCCUCUCGCGAAGAUUAAAUGGCCCAUGAAGCGUUUUAAAAGUGAGGCAAAGAUGGGAGAAACCCAGAUGCUGACCUCCCCCAAUGGUAACUGGGAAACUGUGAUUUUCGAGCAGCAAUGAGGUUAGUUUUCUCCUUUUAGAAACACGCGUGAACGUUCUCUAGCGUCUGGGCAGCGGCUGAGCUCUGAGGAGGAUUAGACGACGCGAGGCCGCCCUCACUCUUCAGUCUGACCCAGCAGGAGCACAGCAGCAGUCGCACCCGUGCUGAAAAACCACCUCGGCUUUUCCUGCCGUGGAAAAGCGCUCGGUGAAGCUGCAGAGAACGUUGGCUAAAGGGUUUCUGGAAGAAAAGCCGCAGCUUUGUGUGCAUAGUGGGGUUUUUUGUUUUGUUUUUUUUUUUUUUUUUUUAAAACUUACUUGGGUUUUCUCAGCGGUUAGUGCCAAUGGUUGGUGUCGAGUUUGACAGAAAGCAAUGCGAGGGCAUCGGAUGUUCCUUACGUGUAUCACCACUGCCAAGAUGUGUGCCAAGUGAAGUGUGCGUGCCUGGCAUUGAGUUACAGUUAUGCGUGGUUGGGAAAACAUGCAGUUGUUAAUGACUGUAAGAGAGCUGUUGUCCAAAUGCUGGAAGCUCUUGACUUCUGCUUUUGUUUAAAGAAGUCCUUUGCCUCCAUUUAAAACAGAAGUUGGAUGCCCUGGGCCCUCGCUUUUUGCUCUCAGUUGUGGGGUUUGGUGGUGUUAGAAAGAGACAGAAUAGGGAAAUCGCUGAGAAAUUGUCAUCGUGUUUAAUGUCUUGUUUUGCCAUAAAGCGACAGUCAUGCGCGGCGUCUCGGAUCUCGAAUACAGCACUCUUCUGAGCCAAGUAAGGUGGGGUCGGCUUUUUAUUUAAUGUGCUUUCUACUUAGCUUAUUAAAUGGGGUUCUUGAAUAGCAGAUGUAAAAGUUCUUGGACUGCUCUUGCUGGUUACGCUAUAAAUAAUUAAAUAAUUAAAGCAAAGUUCGUUACGCUUGGUUGGUGGUGCGAACGCGGCGUG